AUGGAAUCCAAACAUUUAGUACUCUGGUUUCAGGCAAUCUUCUUACUAAUCUACUUCCCAUGUUUUUUCUGUCAAACUUCUCCGGCUAACUGCGACGGUGGCAAGCCAUUUGACUGCGGCAACGUCCGGUACUUAAGCUACCCGUUCUGGGGCGGCGCCCGCUCGUCGGACUGCGGCCGCGGCCAAGGCUACAAGCUCAUCUGUCACGGCGGCGUCCCGAUGCUGAAUAUCUCAUCGUUAACGUACGUAGUACAACAAAUUAAUUUCGACGGCAAAACACUCAAGAUCGCGAGAGAGGACUUGUUGACAACCACUUGUCCGAAAAUUAUCAGCAACACAACCAUAGACCUUGACCUCUUCGAAUACACGCCCGAAUCCGAAGAAAACAACGUCACUCUCUACUACGAUUGCUCCGACAAAAAUGGCGAGCCCGGUUACUUGGAAACGAACCCCAAUCUAUUCAGCUGCAACGGCAGCGGCGCAGUCAAUCUGUUCGACGUAUCGCCGGCGGGCUCCGGACACAAAAUCACGUGCGGGGAGAGUAUUUCCGUUCCGGUGAGCAAGGAUGACGCGCAGUCUUUAAAGAUUCCGACGGUUUCUCCGGUUAAAAAUUUGCAGGCGGCUCUUGCUUCUGGAUUUUCCGUCCAGUGGUUGUCGGAUGGGAAAGAGCGUUCUAUCCCUUUUUGCAAUCGUCAAGUUUAUGGUUCUUGCACUCCUCCUCUGGCCCGCCCUUGUAAUUAUCAAACCAGAUGCAGCACGGGCCGCGGCGACUCCAUUGUUGGCCCCAUGCCGCCGCCUCAAGGUAUUUUAAUUACAGUUUACUUUGUUGUUUACAUGUUCAGAUGUAUGCCUCCUGAUUCCAUACGAGCUCCUUCCCCUGAAAGUGACGGCAACGAUUCUCGCACCGGACACGGGAGAAAGCGUGUUACUGAAAUUGUCCUAGCAGUGGUGGUGCUACUUUGUGUAACUGGUGUGAUUAUAGUGUUCCUUGCCAUAUAUUUAUUUCUUAAGAGACGACGUCCGCCAACUGGCCCUAAUAAGAAAUCUAAUCAAGAUGUCGAAAGUAUUCUAUUACAACAUGGAUUACUCGCUCCAAAGAGAUACAAAUAUUCAGAAAUCAAGAAAAUGACCAAAUCCUUCAAUGAGAAGCUUGGUCAAGGAGGAUAUGGAAGUGUCUACAAAGGUGUAUUACCUGAUGGAACCCUCGUUGCUGUCAAGGUUCUGAUCGAGGCCGAUGGCAAUGGAGAAGAAUUCAUAAAUGAAGUUGCUAGCAUUAGUAGAACUUCCCAUGUCAAUAUUGUCAACCUCUUGGGAUUUUCGUUUGAUCGAAAUAAGAGAGCUUUAAUGUACGAGUUUAUGCCCAAUAAAUCUUUAGACAAGUUCAUCAACGACAAUAAUUGCCUGGAUUUGGAGAAAUUGUACGAGAUUGCCGUUGGAGUUGCCAAGGGACUAGAAUAUCUGCACAUAGGCUGCAAGACUAGGAUUGUUCAUUUUGACAUUAAGCCUCAAAACAUUCUUUUAGACGAGGAAUUCUGUCCGAAAAUAUCGGAUUUUGGGCUUGCUAAGUUGUGUAAGAAAAAGCAAAGCAUAUUAUCAGUGCUUGGGACAAGAGGGACCAUUGGUUAUAUUGCUCCCGAAGUAUUCUCGAGAAAUUUUGGAGGAGUUUCUUAUAAAUCUGAUGUCUAUAGCUAUGGAAUGAUGGUCCUUGAAAUGGCUGGAGCGAGAAAAUUUGUCGAAAAUGAGGCAAUUCAGUCGAGUGAGAAUUAUUUUCCGGAUAAAAUCUACGAGGAAGUUGUACUUGAUGUAACCAAGAGGUUGGGCGAUUUCACGUUUGAAGAGGACUUGGAAGAAACGACGAAGAAAAUGUUUUUGGUAGGAUUUUGGUGUAUUCAAACAAAUCCAUCGGAUAGGCCAACGAUGUCGAAGGUUUUGGAAAUGUUAGAAGGAAGCCUACAAUCUAUACAAAUUCCACCGAAGCCAGUUUUGUGCACUCCUAUUUUACCGGCACAAGACGGUUCCUCGUCAUUUUCAACAUACGUGGAGACUGAAAAUUCAUCUAAUGUUGUAACUAUUUGAUUACUGGUUAAUUGAAAAAUUGUAUUAGUCUUAAAUUGUAAAAUCUUCAUUUGUCAUUUUGAUGUGAGAAGUUUGUUAUUUUUUAGAGCAAGAAUUUUGCCUUCCACAAUUCAAUCCUAAAAGAGUUAAAAGCAUCUAAAA